CCAAAAUCUCAGCUCGGACGCAAACCGCCGCAUCGCUAACAAAAAUAUUUACAAAUUUUCAUUGCCUUACUUUUACCCAAUAGAUUGUAGAGCAAUUGCCAUCCCAGCGCCACCAUGACGAUGCGACCUGAUGACCACCGAAGGAAAUGGGACAAGAACGAGUACGAGAAGCUGGCGGCGGAGCGGCUGCUCAACCAGGUGGCACCCAAGGAAGAAGAACCCGUACAGCGGGAGAACCUCAAGCGACGCGACUACAAGGUGGACCUGGACAGCAAGCUGGGCAAGAGCGUUGUCAUCAACAAGAACACACCCACCUCGCAAUCCGGUGGCUAUUACUGCAACGUUUGCGACUGCGUGGUCAAGGACUCCAUCAACUUCCUGGACCACAUCAAUGGCAAGAAGCACCAGCGCAAUCUGGGCAUGUCCAUGAAGGUGGAGCGGAGCACCGUCGACCAGGUGAAGGAGCGCUUCCAGCAGAACAAGAAGAAGAUGGAGGAGAAGCAGAAGGACUACGAGCUCGAGCGCCGCCUGCGGGAGGCCAAGGAGGAGGAGGAUCGCUACAAGGAACACCGCAAGGAGAAGCGAAAAGAGCGGAAGCGCAAGGCCGAGGACACGGACUUCGAGUCCGGCGGCAUGCCCGACGACAUGGCCGCCAUCAUGGGCUUCUCCGGCUUCGGUGGAUCAAAGAAGAACUCGUAGGAACUAAGUGCUGAACUGCCCCUCCCCUCCAAUUUUAGCUGUACCGUCAAAUAGAAACUAACCAAAAGCGUCGUCUA